AUGGCGGCACCGGAACCGGGACCGAACCGGAACCGGAACACAACCGGCACCGGAACCGGAACAGAACGGGGACCGGAACCGGAACACUACCGGACCCGGAGGCGGAACACAACCGGACCGGAACCGGAACACAACCGGAACCGGAACACAACCGGCCCGGAAGCGGAACACAACCGGUCCCGGAAGCGGAAGUGCGGCCGGGGUGGGACCACCCCAAACCUGACCCAUUUUUUCCCCAAUUUAACCCAUUUUUUACCCAUUUUUCCCAUUUUUUCCCCAAAUUUAACCAAUUUUCCCCAUUUUUCCCCAGUUUUACAGUGCGCCACGGUGAUCGGGUUCUGCUACUGGGCCUCGGAGCUGCUCCUGGCGCAGCAGCAGCAGCACAAGAAGUACCACGGCUCUCAGGUGUUCGUCACCUUCGCCGUCAGUUUUUACCUGGUGGCCGGCGCGGGCGGCGCCUCCAUCCUGGCCACGGCCGCCAACCUCCUGCGUCACUACCCCAGCGAGGAGGAGGAGCAGGCGCUGGAGCUGCUGUCGGAGAUGGAGGAGGCCGAGCCCUACGGGCCCGACUACGAGGUGGUCAAUCAGUUCCAGCCGCCGCCCGCCUACACGCCCUGAUCCCCCGCCGGGAUCUGGAGGGAUCUGGAGGGAUCUGCUGGGGGUGGGAGGGAGGGGGAGAGGUUUUACUGGGAAGGGUUGGUGUGGAGGGAUCCCAGGAGCUUUUCCGGUGGAGGAUUUCUCCGAGUGGAUCCCAGGAACUUCUCCAGGGAAGGAUCGGUCUGGGUGGAUCCCAGGAACUUCUCCAGUGAAGGAUUUCUCCGAGUGGAUCCCAGGAACUUUUCCUGGGAAGGAUUGGUCUGGGUGGAUCCCAGGAACUUCUCCAGUGAAGGAUUCCUCUGAGUGGAUCCCAGGAACUUUUCCUGGGAUGGAUUGGUGUGGAGAGAUCCCAGGAGCUUUUCCAGGGAAGGAUUUCUCAGAGUGGAUCCCAAGAGCUUUUCCUGGGAAGGAUUCUCCGAGUGGAUCCCAGGAACCUCUCCAGGGAUGGAUUUCUCUGAGUGGAUCCCAGGAACUUCUCCAAGGGUGGAUUUCUCUGAGUGGAUCCCAGGAACUUCUCCAGUGAAGGAUCGGUCUGGGUGGAUCCCAGGAACUUCUCCAGGGAUGGAUUUCUCUGAGUGGAUCCCGAGAGCUUUUCCGGGGAAGGAUUGAUCUGGAGAGAUCCCAGGAACUUUUCCUGGGAAGGAUUGGUCUGAAUGGAUUCCAGGAACUUCUCCAGAGAAGGAUUUCUCCAAGUGGAUCCCAAGAACUUUUCCAGGGAAGGAUUCUCCAGGUGGAUCCCAGGAGCUCUUCCAGUGGAGGAUUCUCCAAGUGGAUCCCAGGAACUUCUCCAGGGGUGGAUUUCUCUGAGUGGAUCCCAAGAGCUUCUCCAGUGAAGGACUGGUCUGGAGAGAUCCCAGGAAUUUUCCAGUGAAGGAUUUGUCUGGGUGGAUCCCGAGAACUUUUCCAGGGAAGGACUGGUCUGGAGAGAUCCCAGAGCUCUUCCAGGGAAGGAUUCUCCAAGUGGAUCCUGAGAACUUUUCCAGGGAUGGAUUUCUCUGAGUGGAUCCUGAGAGCUUUUCCAGUGAAGGACUGGUCUGGGUGGAUCCCAAGAGCUUCUCCAGUGAAGGAUUUCUCCGAGUGGAUCCCAGGAAUUUCCCAGUGAAGGAUUUCUCCCAGUGGAUCCCGAUAAUUUUUCCUGGGAUGGAUUUCUCCCGAGUGGAUCCCGGGGGCUGCUCCAGCAGGGGAUUGGUCUGGGUGGAUCCCGGGAACUCUUCGGGAAGGAGCCGUCGGGGCAG